AUGGCUGAUGGUCUUGGGGCUGUUGCGCAGCUCCUCGAGGCAAGCUUGGAUCCCAGGCAGAACAAGCAAGCCGAACUUGCUCUUCGCCAGGAGGAAAAAAAACCGAACUACUCUCUGCAGCUCCUCCAAAUCACGGCUUCCGCGUCCUACCCUUACAAUACCCGUUUGGCUAGCGCAUUAUGCUUCAAGAACUUUAUUAAGAGGAACUGGACCGAUGAAGAUGGAAACUACAAGCUCCAGGCGGAGGAGGUAACUACCAUCAAGCGGGAGCUGAUAAGCCUGAUGAUCUCCGUCCCUACGGGCAUUCAAACACAAUUGGGAGAAGCUGUUAGCGUUAUCGCCGACAGUGAUUUCUGGGAGCGAUGGGAUACACUUGUGGAUGAUCUCGUUUCUCGACUCCAGCCGAACAACCCCGCUGUCAACAAUGGCGUACUCCAAGUCGCACAUUCCAUUUUCAAGAGAUGGAGACCCCUUUUCCGGUCGGAUCAGCUGUACCUGGAAAUCAAUCAUGUUCUCGAAAGAUUCGGCAGCCCUUUCUUGGCUCUUUUCGAGGGUCUGGAUGCCUACCUUGAAGAGAACAAAUCCAACAAAGACAAUCUUGUUCAGGGAUUCACGCAACUCAAUUUGAUGAUUAAAUUGAUGUAUGACCUUUCUUGCCACGAUCUUCCUCCGAUGUUCGAAGAAAAUAUUUCAGGGAUAGCCUCGCUCUUGCUCAAGUAUCUGACCUACGAUAACCAACUCCUGCACACCGAUGACGAUACCGAGGCAGGACAGCUGGAAUUUGCGCGUGCUGGGAUUUUCCAAGUAUUGACUCUGUACGUGCAAAAGUACAUGGAUGAGUUCAAGCCUCAUAUUGGACAAUUUGUCGAAAGCUCAUGGAGCUUCUUGACACUUAUUGGUCAGGAAACCAAGUACGACAUUUUGGUCAGCAGGGCUCUGCAAUUCUUGACUUCGAUUGCGGGCAUGACCGAACAUGCGGCUGUAUUCCAGGCCGAAGGCACCCUCGGCCAAAUCAUCGAGAAGGUCAUUCUCCCCAAUGUCAGUUUGCGUGAAUCUGACGAGGAGCUUUUUGAGGAUGAGCCGAUUGAGUUCAUUCGUCGUGACCUGGAAGGCUCAGACAGCGAUACUAGACGGCGUGCCGCAACCGACUUCCUGAGACGGCUUGCCGAGAGAUUUGAGGAAUCCGUUACGAGCGUUGUUCUCAGAUACACUGAGCACUACCUUUCUGAAUACGCCAAGGCUCCCGCCACUAACUGGAAGGCCAAGGACACUGCAACCUAUCUUUUCUCUGCCAUUGCGGCGAAGGGAACUGCUACGUCAAGCCACGGUGUGACUGCUACGAACAAACUCAUUAGCAUUACCGAUUUCUUCCAGAAGCACCUUGCGGCUGAUUUGAUUAACGAUGAGGGUGUACAUCCCAUUCUCAAGGUCGACGCCAUCAAGUACCUCUACCUCUUCCGAAGCAUUAUCACCAAGGAGCAGUGGCAGGAAGUUCUCCCUAUGUUGGUCAAGCACCUCGGCUCCUCGGAAUAUGUCGUUUACAGUUAUGCGGCGAUCGCCGUGGAGCGUGUCCUCUACCUUACCGACAGCCAAGGCCAACCGAUCAUUUCCCCUGCUACUAUUACACCGCUGUCUAAGGACUUGUUGGAACACAUCUUCUCACUGAUCCAAAAGGACCAGGCCCCUCAGAAGGUGCAGGAGAACGAGUUCCUGAUGAGAUGUGCGAUGAGAGUCCUGAUCGUCAUCAAGGAGGGCAUUGUGCCGCACACCGACAGUGUCCUUCAGCACCUGAUCACUAUCACGAAAAUCAUCAGCAGCAACCCAAGCAACCCUAGGUUCUACUAUUUCCACUUUGAAGCCCUUGGAGCUUUUAUCCGGUUUGCGGCCCCUGCCAACCCCGACAAACUCGAACAAGCUCUUUACGCUCCUUUCGCAGAGAUCCUCCAAGGGGAUGUGCAAGAGUUCAUGCCUUAUAUCUUCCAACUCUUUGCUGCACUUCUUGAGGCAAACCCCUCGGGAACACUCCCUGACUACUACCAGAACCUGAUUGCCCCGAUCCUGAUGCCUGUCAUGUGGGAGUCGAAGGGCAACAUCCCUGCGCUUGUGCGACUUCUGUCGAGCAUCAUCCACCGCGGAUCUCAAUACAUCAUCCAGAAUGAGCAAAUUGCUCCUGUUCUGGGUAUCUUCCAGAAGUUGCUUUCGACCAAGACCAAUGAAGGUUAUGGAUUCGACCUGUUGGAGUCUGUGGUUGCAAACUUCCCUCCGGCAACACUGGAACAAUACUUUGUUUCCAUCAUGCAGAUUAUCCUUACCCGCCUCCAGAAUUCCAAGACGGAGAACCUGACCCUCCGAUUCGUCCGUUUCUAUCAUUUCGUCUCUGCCCAGGAUGACAAGGGCUACAGUGCUGACUUCGUCAUCCAAGUGAUCGACAAGGUCCAGCCCGAGUAUGUACAAUUCAAAUUUACCGUGGGAGCUAGCAUGCUAACUGCCUCCAGGCUGUUCACUCCCAUCUAUUUGAACAUCAUCCUUCCCGAAACACAAAAGCUCGCUCGUCCGUUGGACCGCAAGACCGCAGUGCUAUCGUUCACUAAAACUCUUGCUAACUCGGAAGCCUUUGCUAACCGGUACAAGAAGGGAUGGGGCUUCACAUGUGAGGCUCUUCUCAAGCUUCUGGAGCUGCCUCCUCUCCCUGCCAGCAAGGAUGACAUCAUCGCCGAGCAUGACGUGGAGGAUAUGGCAUUCGGUGUUGGUUUCACAGCGUUGAACACUGUGCGACCACAGACCAGGGAUCCUUGGCCCGACACGGGCGCCGACCUGAAGGCCUGGACUGGCAAGUAUCUAAAGGAAGCAGACAAGAAGCACAACGGGCGCAUUUCUGGCUUUGUUCAGGAGCGUCUUGGAGCCGAGGCGAAGACAGUGCUACUUAGUUAUAUCGCAUGA